GUAUAGUCUAAUUGAAGAAUUGGUGAUCUUUAAAACCAACAAUCGCUAAAAGUCAAGGCGGCAUUCCGCAAUCGCAGCUUUAACUGAUAACUAAGAGAUAAGAAACGACGCGUCUUGUAACCAGGUACGAUGAAGUAUAAAUUAUAAUAUUUGACCGUUCUGUAUUAAACAGAGCCGAACUCUAGAGUCUACAUACGAUAUGAGCGCAACUCCAAAUAAUGGUGGAGAUAUGACAAAAUCAAUUCGUCAUUAGAUGGUCCAUCCAAUAUUUUCCUUCAUGUCUUGGGUGUCUGCAUGGGCGUGGCGUAGGGCGCGUUUGACAAGCGGGGGUUCAUAUAUAUUUUUCUGUAUAUAUGUGACCUUUUAAGUGCUUAAGUUUAGAUGGGGGAUGUGAUGAUUAGAUCUAUCUUUAAGAGAAAAUCCGCUUACGACAUAACUGAUUUCGAGGUGCUGGUAUUUGAACAAGAUGUCCAAGUCUGUAUCAGUUGAUAAUUUCCCAAAGCCAACCUCUAUUACGGGUGGCUGUCUCUGUGGCUCCAUAAGAUACCGUGUCGACUUCCCGAAGGACCACGAUUUCUUAAAAGCAAGCGGAAGUUGUCAAUGUACGCAAUGCCGACGGAACACGGGCGCACUGAUCUUCAUCGUACAUACCGCUCCGCUCAGCAGUUUUACGUUCCUCACGUCCACGGAGACGUUAAAGAUAUUCUACGCGACACCGGGUGUUCAGCGCGCGUUCUGUACAAAUUGCGGCAGCUUUCUGUACUGGCGGAAUGAGUCGGUUGAGGACAUUGAUCUUGCGGUAGGGUGCGUGGAUCCCGAGCAUCUAUCCGAGUUUGGAUUCGCGCUUGCGAAUUCAUCAGGGCACAACGUGUGGUGUCAGAACGAGAUCAAGGGCGUCACCGACCAUAUUCUCAUCAAGAAGAGAGGAAUUAAAUGGUCUAGAAAUAGCGGGAGUGCUAAGUUAUGAGCGAGUAUGGUAGAAGGAUUUUGUCUAUGUUAACGCUACUAUCAAUGGAAUUCAUAGUCUCGAAAAGCUUCACGAAAUGUUG